AUGGUUUCUGCCAAGAAGGUACCCGCGAUCGCGACGUCCUUCGGGGCCAGUUUCGCCCUCCUGCACUUCCUGUGCCUGGCGGCUUGUUUAAACGAAUCCCCAGGACAGAACCAAAAGGAGGAGAAAUUAUGCCCGGAAAAUUUUACCCGCAUCCUGGACAGUUUACUCGAUGGUUAUGACAACAGGCUGCGUCCUGGAUUUGGGGGUCCUGUUACAGAAGUGAAAACUGACAUAUAUGUCACUAGCUUUGGACCUGUUUCUGAUGUUGAAAUGGAAUACACAAUGGAUGUGUUCUUCAGACAGACAUGGAUUGACAAAAGACUAAAAUAUGAUGGCCCCAUUGAAAUUCUGAGAUUGAACAAUAUGAUGGUAACAAAAGUAUGGACUCCUGAUACUUUCUUCAGGAAUGGAAAGAAAUCUGUCUCACAUAAUAUGACAGCUCCAAAUAAGCUUUUUAGAAUUAUGAGAAAUGGCACUAUUUUAUACACAAUGAGACUCACCAUAAGUGCAGAGUGUCCCAUGAGAUUGGUGGAUUUCCCCAUGGAUGGUCAUGCAUGCCCUUUGAAAUUUGGGAGUUAUGCCUAUCCGAAGAGUGAGAUGAUUUAUACGUGGACAAAAGGUCCUGAGAAAUCAGUAGAAGUUCCAAAGGAGUCUUCCAGCUUAGUUCAGUAUGACUUGAUUGGGCAAACUGUAUCAAGUGAAACUAUCAAAUCCAUCACGGGUGAAUAUAUCGUUAUGACGGUUUACUUUCACCUCAGACGGAAGAUGGGUUAUUUUAUGAUUCAGACGUACAUUCCAUGUAUUAUGACAGUAAUUCUUUCUCAAGUUUCAUUCUGGAUAAAUAAGGAAUCAGUUCCAGCUAGGACUGUAUUCGGAAUAACCACAGUCCUCACCAUGACCACACUGAGCAUCAGUGCACGGCAUUCUUUGCCCAAAGUGUCCUAUGCGACUGCCAUGGAUUGGUUCAUAGCUGUCUGCUUUGCUUUUGUGUUUUCGGCCCUUAUUGAGUUUGCUGCUGUCAACUACUUUACCAAUGUUCAAAUGGAAAAAGCCAAAAGGAAGACAUCAAAAGCCCCCCAGGAAAUUCCAGCUGCUCCAGUGCUGAGAGAAAAGCAUCCUGAAGCACCUCUGCAGAACUCAAAUGCCAAUCUGAACAUGAGAAAAAGAGCCAAUGCCUUGGUUCACUCUGAGUCUGAUGUUGGCAACAGAACUGAGGUGGGAAACCAUUCGAGCAAGUCUUCCACAGUUGUUCAAGGAUCUUCUGAAGCCACACCACAGUCUUACUUAGCUUCCAGUCCAAACCCAUUCAGCCAAGCAAAUGCAGCUGAAACUAUAUCUGCCGCAAGAGCAAUUCCAUUUGCUCCUCCUGCUACUCCUAGUAGAACUGGGUACGUGCCCCGACAAGUUCCAGUUGGAUCUGCUUCUACCCGGCAUGUGUUUGGAUCCAGACUGGAGCGGAUUAAGACCACCGUUAAUAGCAUAGGGGCUUCUGGGAAGUUGUCAGCCACUACCGCUCCCUUGGCUCCACCGCCUUCUGGAUCUGGCACAAGUAAAAUAGACAAAUAUGCCCGCAUUCUCUUUCCAGUAACAUUUGGGGCUUUUAAUAUGGUCUAUUGGGUUGUUUACUUAUCUAAGGACACUAUGGAGAAAUCAGAAAGUCUAAUGUAA